AUGGCACAAGGACGCAAAAGGACCCAUCAGAUUCCACCCGUGUGGUUCCUGUCCCUUCUCCCAGCGGCUCUGGGCCUGCCAAGACUCACCAGCGAAUGCCCCGCCGGCUUCAAAGGAAGGUUGGACUCGCCAGGCUACACGCAGUGCGCCGUCCCGACCGACGACGCUUCGGGCCCGCACCCGUCGCAGUGGGCGCCCUGGACUCACAAGCCCCUCUGCGUCGAGGGCGCGGCGCCCAAGACCCAGCCGUCUGGCGGCAGCGACGACGGCCCCAGCGGAACGACGGCUCCUCCUCCCAGGACCAAGUUCUGCGUCUACACCAACGCGCACGCCGGCGACGGCGGCAUGAGCAUCAUCACCACGCCCGAGCACGCCGCGAGCAGCCUGCACCUGCUGGAGGACCCGAGCCUGCAUCUCCCCAGCAGCCGCAGCAGCAGCAGCAGCAGUAGGCUGCACAAUGCCAGCACCACCCCGGCGUACAAAGUCGUUGACGUGCCCGGCAAAGGCAAGGGCGUGCUCGCCACGCGGCGGAUCCGGCGCUUCGAGCCCUUCAUGCUAGAGCGGGCCGCCCUUGCGACCGACAACUUGUUCGCCAGCCUGGUGGAGCGGCACGCGGGAUACCGCCUACUGCGCGAGGCCGUGGGCCGACUGGCCGACCCGGACAGGGUGCUGUCGCUGGCCAGGAGCAGCCCGCACGCGGGGGAUGCGGUCGAGAAUGUUUUGAGGACGAAUUCGUUUGCGGGCGAGCUGGAUGGCGCGCCGCAUAUGGUCUUGUUUCCUUUGAUUGCUCGGAUGAACCAUGCCUGCAAGCCAAAGUACCCACGCACCACUAAAACUUUCUCAUACUCGCCAGACGCCGCUCUCGGGAUGGAGUUCCAACAACGCCAGACCCAGCUCCAAAACACAUGGGGGUUCAAGUGCACAUGCGCAGCCUGCACCGCCCCCGAGUCCUCCCGGGCAGUGUCGGACCAGCGCCGCAGGGACAUCAAAGCCAAGCGCCAAGAGCUGGUCGAUUCAAUCGACAAUGCAGACGCACCAGUCGCCGUCCGCCUCUCCCUGGAGAUCCUCGAUCUACUCGCGAGCGAGCAUCUCCCCUCGCUGUUCGCAGAGCAGUAUGAAAUCUUGGCGAGGAUAUUUCACAUGAUACGAUACAAGGACAAGGCGAUCAAGUAUGCCGAGAUGGCUUUGAAGGUCCUGGACAUCUAUGGUGCUUUGGAUGAGGACGAUGAGCACAAGGGUAUUGAAGCCCUGAUGGCGAGUUUCGACGAGCCCAGCCUUCCGGCCAUGGGGGAGAGACCAAAAUGAAGAAAGGGGAUAUGAGCGGAAAUUGGGUUAUGAACAAAAUGAUCGCCAUGAAUAAUAAUAUCCUCGGUAACCAUGGUCGUUUGCCGGGCCUUCUUGCCUUUCCCCGACAUCCGUUGGCUGCAUUGAC